AUGGGAAAGUAUUACCAGGCUACCAAGUGGGUCAUGGUGUAUGUGUGUGUCAGUUUUCAAGAACUCGCUAGUAAAAAUUUUGCUUUUUCGAUACGAUUUAUGUUUUAGUUUUGUGUGUAGACAUUUAAGUUUAGUUUAUAUGGGAAUACAUAAAAAAAAUCUAUUUUAGCAAUAAAAUGAGAGUUCUUAACAAAACAAUUGGUCUCUCCAAAUUGCUGACAAAGGACCGCUUACAAGCCACACCCCCUCGCGGAAAGUCUAAAAAUCUGACGUUAACCAGUAGUGAUGUAACCGAAAAUAUUAAGGCCUACUCAGAAAUUCCAGGACCUAAACCAAUACCAAUUUUGGGUAACACUUGGAGGUUAUUGCCGAUUUUAGGACAAUACGAUGUGACGGAUGUAGCAAAGUUGUCAAAUUUAUUUUACCAGGAAUAUGGCAAGAUUGUUAAAUUGUCCGGUUUAGUAGGGCGGCCAGAUUUAUUGUUUAUUUACGAUGCAGAUGAAAUUGAGAAGAUCUACAGACAAGAAGGUCCCACACCAUUUAGACCAUCGAUGCCUUGUUUAGUGAAAUACAAGAGUGAAGUAAGAAAAGAUUUUUUCGGUAAAGAAGGUGGAGUAGUUGGCGUACAUGGUGAGCCUUGGAAAACAUUUAGAACUAAAGUACAAAAACCAAUAUUGCAACUGCAAACUGUUAAAAAAUACGUUGAACCGAUAGAAGCAGUUACAAAUGAUUUUAUUAGAAGGAUGUUAGAGUUAAAAAAUGAUAAUAAUGAAAUGCCCGCCGACUAUGAUAAUGAAAUCCAUAAGUGGGCUUUAGAAUGCAUUGGCAGAGUUGCUCUGGACGUGCGACUAGGUUGCUUAGAUUCAAAUCUGUCUGCAGAUUCAGAAGCUUUAAAGAUAAUAGAAGCCGCUAAGUAUGCAUUAAGGAAUAUCGCAAUCUUGGAACUAAGAUUUCCAUUUUGGAGAUAUUUUCCAACAACUAUCUGGACUAAAUAUGUAAAAAACAUGGAUUACUUUAUAGAAGUAUGUAUGAGGCAUAUCGAUGAGGCAAUGAAAAAAAUGGAAAAAAAAUCCAUAAAAAAUGAAAAAGAUUUAUCGUUAGUAGAAAGAAUUUUAGUUAAUGAACCAGAUCCAAAAGUUGCUUAUAUUUUGGCUCUAGAUCUGAUUUUGGUUGGAAUAGACACGAUAUCUAUGGCAGUUUGUUCAAUUUUGUACCAAUUAGCAACAAGGCAGGAUCAGCAAGAAAAAUUGUACCAGGAACUAAAGAGAGUAUUACCAAGUAAAGAGGAGCCACUAACUGCCGAAAAACUUAACGAAAUGGUUUUCCUUAAAGCAUUUGUAAAAGAAGUUUUCAGAAUGUAUUCCACUGUUAUUGGAAAUGGAAGGACCCUUCAAGAGGAUAUGAUUUUGCUCGGGUAUAGAGUUCCAAAAGGGGUUCAAGUGGUUUUCCCAACGUUAGUUACUGGUUGCAUGUCGGAAUAUGUUUCUGAAGCAGAUAAAUUUAUGCCAGAAAGGUGGCUGAAAUCGAGAAGUACCGACAAUAAAAUUCAUCCCUUUUCUUCUUUACCUUACGGUUAUGGGGCCAGGAUGUGUUUAGGCAGGCGCUUUGCCGAUUUAGAAAUGCAGGUAUUAUUAGCAAAAUUAAUUAGAUCUUACAAAUUAGAGUACCUACAUCCACCGUUAGAAUAUAAAGUGACUUUUAUGUAUGCUCCUGAUGGCGAGCUUAAAUUUAAGAUGACCGAAAGACCAGAGUAAAGCUACACAAGAAUACAUUUAUAUAAAUUAUAACCGAUUAUCUUAUAACUAUUUGUAAAUAUGUAUAUGCAAUUAUGAGUUACAAAGUUUUUGUGAUGUUAACAACAAUCAAAUUCUAUUAUAAACUAAAAUGUUACCUUAAAUAAACGACUUUUGUCCCUGUUAUUAUCAUUAAUAAAAUUUGGAUGGUUUAUUGAA